CGACAACACACCUCGAGCUCAAUCGCAGCGUCCACAACCACAGACAAAACCCACGGCCACACCGCCAACCAAACACAAAAUGUUCGCCCGACCCGCCCACCGCGCAACAACCUCCCUCCUCACCACCACCACGAAACCCUCCCUCACCCGCGCCCUACACGCCCGCAUUCCCCAGCAGCCAAUCCCAGAACCCACCCCCUUCGUCCCCGACGCGCCGACAUUCCUCUCUCUCAUCGGACGAAACCUCUCCCAACACGCCUCCAAAAUCCCGACGUGGGAAUCGCUCUUCCGCCUCACCUCGCCGCAGCUGCGUGACCUAGGCGUCGAGCCCGCGCGCGCGCGCCGAUACCUGUUAGCGUGGCGCGAGCGCUUCCGGAGGGGGGAGUACGGGCCGGGUGGCGAUGCGAAGGUGGUAGAGGAUGGGAUUGCGAGGUUGAGAGUUGUGGAGGUUGAAGGGGGCCCAGCAGUCGGUACGGCGACGCGGACGGCGGGGAUGAAGAGGGUGGCUGUUAAUGGCGGGGAGGAGAUUAAGGGGGUUAGAGUUCGGGGGGCGCAGAGGGUGGUGGGAAGUCAUGUCUUGCCGGUUAAGGGGGGGGCGCAGAUUAAGGCCGCGGAGGGGUUGUGGGAGAUUAGGAGGGGGAGGAAGAUUGAUGGCGGGGAGAGGAGGAGGGCGGAGGUUAGGUCGAAGAGGAGGGCGGCGGAGAGGAAGGAUGCGAGGAAGUAG